CUGGCCCUGGGGGUGGAGCAGCCCGAGCUGGGGGCAGGAGGCUGCAGCCUCUGCACACAAAUGAGAAGCUGAUGAAGCGGGUCCCAUUGCCCAGGCUGAGGCGCUGCAGUGACAGCUCGGCUCAGUCUCAGGGCCCAGGGCAGAGGCAGCUCCCUGGGGCCCAGGCCUGUCCCAGCCACAACAGGGCUGCUGGGGAGGGUGAAAAAUGGCCCCAGCCGCCCACAGGGCUGAGCUCUGCCCCUCACACCCUGAUUCUCUCUCCCCAGCGACUGUGAUGCUGGAUCCAGACACGGCGAAUCCCCUGCUCAUCCUGUCUGGGGAUCGGAAACGUGUGAGAUGGGAACCUACACGGCAGCGACUGCCCGACAACCCGGAGAGAUUUGACACUCGGCCCUGUGUGCUGGGCCGUGAGGGGUUCACCUCGGGGAGACAUUGCUGGGAGGUGGAGGUGGGGGAUGGGCCAUGCUGGGCUGUGGGGGUGGCCAAAGAGUCUGUGAGCAGGAAGGGAGAAAUCAGCCUGAGCCCCGAGGGGGGGUUCUGGGCUGUGGAGCGGUGGGGGGUUCAGUUCCGGGCUUUCACCUUCCCUGAGACCCGCCUGCCUCUGAGCCCCCCCCACAGGAUCCGGGUUUGUCUGGACUGUGACCGGGGGCAGGUGACAUUUAUCGAUGCUGGAACCGAGGCCCCGAUCUUCACUUUCCCGCCGGGCUCCCUCCCUGGGGAGAGAAUCCGACCCUGGCUCUGGGUGGGGUGGAAAUCCCAGCUCAGCCUGUGCCCCUGAAAUUAGCCUCUCUGGCCUCACACACUCCAAUCCCUGUGACCCUGGAGGACUCCAUUGUACCCAGCCUCCUCAUUUCUGUGAUGCCUGAAAACUCCUCCCCCACCCUCCUCCAGUCCCAGGGAUGGGAAAGGUAAGCAGAAGACCCGUUGGGGCUGCAGGAGGGGCAGAGGUGGGGGUUGAGCAGGGGGAGAACUAACAGCCAGGCUGGGGACAGACAGAGGUGGGGGUGGCAGGACACAGAAUUAACCAAUCAGGGUUUGGUGGGUUGGAGAGAAGCUGGAAGCUGCGCAGCAGCAGGGAGCGAUUUGUACCAGUCUGUGUUCUGAGAUCUCAUUGGGGUCUCCAGCUGCAGCUCCUGCCACCGAAGCCAAAGUCACCUUCCCCUGUGACUGUGGGACGGCCGGCAACACUUGUCAUCAGUAUCCUCCUAAGUGUUUCCAUCCAUAAGUGGAGGGAGUUUGGUCUCAUGCACCAAUACUGAUGUCAUGGGCUCUUGUUGGGACGUGUGCCAUGAACAUUCAUAUUUAAACACAAGUCUCAUUACUUUUGUGCAAAUAACUUUUUAAUAAAUAUUAUUUGUUUAUAUUGUGUAUGGAACAUGACUUUCAGUCUGUCUCCCUGAAUCCAUGUGGGUAUUUUCCUUAAUAUGGGCAUUUUCAUUAAAGUUCCUUUGAAGAAUACUGCUGUUAGAUUUCCUAAGCUGUGACAUGUUCCAAAACAAAACAAAUCACUUUUGUCCAAGCCCCACAUGUAUCAUAAAAUGCAAGUCUCAGUUUUUUCUCCCCUGUUGAGGGCUUAGUGCCUUCCCGCUACCUAAGGGUAUGUCUAC